AUGAAAAAAGCGCACAAUCAUAUGAGCUUCGACUCCGUCAGUGAGGAGUCUAAUUCAAAUGACACGGCCUCUGCCCCGCUGAAAAACUCCAAUGGUCGCCGCUUCUCGAAAGAACAAAGCGAUGCGAUGGAUAUUUCCCCUGGCUCAUCCCACGAGCGCAAGUCGCGGAGAAGCUCGAGAGACAGAGAACGAACGCCCAGCCCUCGGUAUCGGUCGCAUAAGAAGAAGAAGCGAGAGCGGACACCAUCAGCUUCGCCACCUUUUGAUCGUGAUCGAUGCUCAAGCCGUAGAUCAAGAUCGCGCUCUCGGUCAAGACGGGAUCGUGAUAGAAGUCAGAACGGGAGAGAUCGUUUUAAGAGGAGAGAAAGGGAGGAAAGGAAGAACAAAAAGCGAUCAAGGCGCGAUCGUUCACGAACACCACAAAGGCGGAAGAGUGGAAAGUCGAGAAGGAGACGUUCAACGAGCAGCGAUAGCAGCGAUGACGAGAUCACGUUGCGAGAUAGAACUACACUAUUUGGUGAAUUAGUCCGAAAGCACGGUGAGUCUGCAGAUGCCCUCAUCAGAAAUCGAGACAAGCACCGCAAGGCAAAACGUAGGAAACGAGAUAGUUCAUCCAGCAGUUCGAGCAGUGAAGAUGCAAAAAACAUUGACAAGAAGCCGGCUACUGUUCCAAUGACAUUGCCAGUUGCUUGUCCUCCACCGACAUUCCUCGAUCCUGCCACGGCGCAGUAUUAUCAACUAAUUACUGCAAGUGGACUGGUUGUCCCUGUGGCAGUACCUCCUCCAGUAGUGGGUAUGCACCUUCCUCCUCCUCCGAUUCCUCCGCCCGCUCCAGGACCAUCUUCGUCUGACACUAAGUCUGCGGAUAUGAUGGUACCACCGCUUAGUAGCAUACCUGUCCCACCACCACCACCUGUUCCGCCAAUACCAUUUGAACCUGCACCGCCACCUCCCGUUCCUCCCCUCCCUCCUUUGCCAACUCCAGUACCUCCGGAUCUUGCAAUGCCGUCUGUUUCUGGAGUUAUGGCAGCCAGCACUUCAACAGCGGCACCGCGGACGGUAGGAUUACCUAUGCCAAACGUCUCUGCCAUCAAGAAACGAGGAUUCGACCGUCCAACGGUUCUCAACAAGAUUCGAAGAGGUGUUGAUCUUUCAAACGAAUGGGGUAGCGGGUUUGUGGAGAAAUACGAAAUUUUGUAUCAAGUUGGUGAGGGCACCUACGGUCAGGUCUACAAAGCAAGAGACAAAGUAACAGGUGAACAAGUUGCACUCAAAAAAGUACGGCUAGAGAAUGAGAAAGAGGGUUUCCCUAUCACUGCUGUACGUGAGAUAAAGAUUCUACGACAGCUGAACCAUGCAAAUGUUGUGAAGCUUAUCGACAUAGUUACGGACAAACUGUCUGCAGCUGACAUGCGCACUGAAAGAGCAAAUUUUUACCUGGUUUUCGAGUAUGUGGAUCAUGAUCUUAUGGGAUUGCUCGAAGCUUCGCACUUGAUCAACUUUCAUAACGAUCAAAUUCGAAGUUUAUUCAAACAAUUGAUUUUGGGUCUAGAAUACUGUCAUUCAGCCGGGUUUCUUCAUCGUGAUAUAAAAUGCAGUAAUAUCUUAUUGAAUAACAGAGGUGAACUGAAGAUAGCCGAUUUUGGACUCGCUCGUUAUUAUUCUUCCGAUCAAGAGCGGCUGUACACAAAUCGAGUAAUAACGUUAUGGUAUCGACCUCCUGAAUUAUUAUUGGGUGACGAGCAUUAUGGCCCAUCCAUUGAUGUUUGGAGUAUUGGGUGCAUACUUGGAGAGUUCUUUACAAGAAAGCCGCUUUUCCAAGGAAAUAACGAAUCGAUGCAAUUAGAACUCAUAUCCAAGGUCUGUGGCACACCUAGCCCCGCAAACUGGCCCGAUGUCGAGAAAAUGCCCCUUUAUGGUACUUUACGGAGUAAACGUCAAUAUGUGCGAUGUCUUCGCGAGGAGUUUUCCCAAAUAAUGCCGUCCGGAGCUAUCGAUCUUAUGGAUAAGAUGCUUUUACUCGAUCCAAAGCGUCGAAUCUCAGCUAAAGAUGCUAUUAGCCAUUACUGGAUCAAGAAUUUCGAUUAUACGACAGUUCCACCGUUGAGACUACCACAACAUCAAGACUGCCAUGAGUUGUGGAGCAAGAAGCAGCGAAAAGAGCGUCGUUCCAACAAUCCCAAUCCAAAAGUAGCUCAGUCUUCCGAAGGACAAGAGUACGAGACAGCGAGUCAUUCAGCUGGAACAAGUAGUCAGAUGCAGUAUGACAGACGACGAGUCUCUCCAUCGAAUGGAUUCGUGCAUCAAGCUAAUCCUUCGAGACCAGAAGCCAUUGAACAGUCUAUCAACGCUGCUCUGCAUGGCUCGGAUCCGUCACAGUUGCUGAGACUGUUGCAGUACACUAACACAGCAGAAGACACGCGCAUAUAUAACAGAUUAGUGCAAAGCUCUCAGUUCUCCUCUUUACGAGCCGACGACCCACGGCCUCUAAAGGAUCGGUUGAUAGAUGUUCUUUCAAACAGAAAUUACUUCAACGCGAGGAUGCUCGGAUGGGCACCGAGGCGUUCCUCAUCAUUUGCAACCUCCCCCCUACCGAUGAGAAUGUAUUCAUGUGAUAAAAGAUGAGCUGCUCAAAGCGGCAUCGGAUGCGUCCACAGUCGGUCAGCUCGUCAGCUCCCACUUUGAACUUUGAUGUCUCCGAUUUCCGUUUGUCUAUAUUUUUGUGUUUGUCUCUGAGCAACGAUUUAUUGCAUAGUGAUGUUGUUUAUAAAAUGACCUAUAAAACGUAUAAAUUGAAAAAGCC